AUGACUUCACAGAACGGGGCGUUUAUUUACGGGGGCAGACAGCGCUCCGUGGGCUCUGCACCCCGCCGCGGACUCCGAGACCCCCACCCCGGGAUCGGAACCCCCAGCGGGGAUCACCCACGCUGCCCUCCUGCCCUUCACCCGCGGCGUGCCAGGCAGUGUGCCACAGCGGUCAUCACCGCGCUGUGCCCGCUGCAGGCAGCUCUCGGUGUGCUCUGCACCCCCCGUGGGCAGCGGGACCCCUCCCGUUUCUCCCCGUCCCGUGUCCCCCGUCCGUCCCGCGUGGGCGUUCACAGGGCAGCGAUCGAUGUCUCGGCGCUCGCUGCGGCGGGCUGGGCGCGCUCGGCGGUGGAUUGGCGCUGCCUGCCCGGCGGCCCGGAAGGCGCUGGGCUCGAAGCGGGGGCUCCGCGGAGGUCCAGGUCCAGGGGUCCCCAGCGCUCCUACAGCCGCAGCAGCGAGAGGUCCGGCCACAGGAGGACCCGCAGCGGCUCCAGGGACAGGGAGCGGCGCAAGGGCAGGGACAAGGACAAGGACAAAGCCAAGGACAAGGGCAAAGGGAAGGACAAGGACCCUUCUGGCCCCAAGGCUGGGGACUCUGGAAACAUCAAAGCUGGAUUAGAACAUCUGACUCCUGCUGAACAGGCCAAGGCCAGACUACAGCUGGUUCUGGAGGCAGCUGCUAAAGCAGACGAAGCCCUGAAGGCUAAGGAGAGAAGUGAAGAAGAAGCCAAGAGGAGAAAGGAGGAAGACCAAGCCACCCUCGUGGACCAAGUGAGGCGAGUCAAGGAAAUCGAAGCGAUCGAAAGCGACGCCUUCGUCCCCCAGACCUUCAGGUCGAGCAAAGAAGUCAAAAAGGUGGCAGAACCUCCCGAGCUCCAACACGAACCCGUGACUGUCACAGCAGGAACCGCCGAGGCAGCAGCUCCUGAGAAAGAACCUCCCCCUGCCAGCAUUCCCACUGCCAUCAAAUACCAGGAUGACAAUUCCUUAGCACACCCAAACCUGUUCAUUGAGAAGGCAGAAGCUGAGGAGAGGUGGUUCCAGAGGCUGGUGGCCCUGCGGCAGGAGCGGCUCAUGGGCAGCCCCGUGGCCUGAGCAGCUCCCGGCAACAUCAGGAGCCAGUUCUCCACCAAUUCCAGGAAAUCCCAGCGUUCAAUUGUUCUGUUCUCCUCUCCUGAGGGAUUUGCACACUCAGUCUGAGCUGUGCAGACAGUAAGUGUUUCACCUGAACAAACAGGGCUGUUGUGUCUGGGCUCUCUCCUGAACUCAUGGAGGGUGUCGCUGUGGGGAGUGUGACAGCACAGCAGGGUCAUUCCCUAUUUCAUGGGGAAUUCCUCAAGGGUGCAGAACACCUGACAGCCCCAGGAGAUGGAAUUGUAUCCCUCCCA